CUCAGUCGGCGGAGUCUUGGCUUAGUAACGGUCGGACCUUUGAAUGAAAGAGGCAGUUUCAAAAUGCAGUGAGGCGGUUUUUUCUUUUCUGACACAAAUUUUGCAUCAAGGAGGGAAAAGACACUAAACAUACUAAAAGCACAAUGGCACGAGGAGAAGGCGCCGAGCAGUACGCGGCGAGUUUGCUCUCAGUCAAACCAAUUAAUAUAGAAGUCAAGACGGCCAAGCCAAAGGACCUGAGGCAUCGUCUGUCUGUGUGGAGCAAACUGUGCUAUGCCAUUGGCGGGCUUCCCUACCAGAUUACAGGCAGCGCUCUAGGCUUCUUCCUCCAGAUCUACCUGCUAGACGUGGCUCAGCUGGAUCCCUCCCAUGCCUCCAUCAUCCUGUUUGUAGGCCGAGCCUGGGAUGCCAUCACAGACCCCACCGUGGGCUUCCUGGUGAGCCGGAGCAGAUGGACCGGCAUUGGCCGCAUGAUGCCAUGGAUCCUUUUCUCUACCCCGUUUGCGGUGAUGACUUACUUCCUGAUCUGGUAUGUGCCUCCUUUUGAACAAGGAAAGGUCAUCUGGUACCUGGUCUUUUACUGCCUCUUCCAGUCAAUGCAGACGUGCUUCCAUGUGCCAUACUCAGCCCUCACCAUGUUCAUCAGCAACGACCAGAAAGAACGGGACUCUGCCACUGCUUAUCGUAUGAUGGUGGAAGUGUUGGGCACUGUUAUGGGCACCGCUAUCCAGGGUCAGAUAGUCGGUGGCUCCUCAAGUUGCUCCAAUGACUCUGAUACUGCUGGCAGCAGUAACUUAACAGAUAUUAACUCAUCAAAAGCAACACUUGAUGAGACAAAACAAGCUUACCUGAUAGCUUCAGGUGUCAUCUGCAUCAUCUAUGUCGUCUGUGCUGUGGUUUUGUUUUUUGGCGUGAAGGAGCAAAAAGAGAGCAGGAGACAAACAGAGCCCCUCAGCUUCAGUCAGGGCCUUUGGCUGGUGAUGAGCCAUGGUCCGUACAUCAGACUGGUCAUCGGCUUCCUCUUCACGUCUUUAGCCUUCAUGCUCCUGGAGGGAAACUUUGCCCUUUUCAUCACUUACGCUCUUGGCCAUCGGGAAGACUACCAGAAUAUUCUCCUGGUUAUCAUGCUAUCUGGGACUUUGACCAUCCCAUGGUGGCAGUGGUUUUUGACACGUUUUGGAAAGAAGACAGCAAGUUACUGCGGCAUCUCGUGGGCUAUACCUUUCAUGAUCCUGAUCGUCAGCAUCAAGAGCAACCUGAUCAUCUCCUACCUGGUCUCAGUAGCAGCAGGUGUGAGUGUUGCUGCAGCUUUCCUGCUGCCUUGGUCAAUGCUUCCUGAUGUAGUAGAUGACUUCAAGGUGAAUAACCCAGCUGUCCAAGGUCAUGAAGCUCUCUUCUACUCUUUCUACGUGUUCUUCAUCAAGUUUGCCUCCGGAGUUUCUCUGGGGGUCUCUACACUCAGCUUGAAAUUUGCCGGCUAUGUGACCGGGGGUUGCACACAACCUGAGGCAGUCAGUUUAACCCUGAAGGUGCUGGUUUCUCCAGUGCCAGUGGUUCUUAUUAUUGUGGGACUGUUGAUACUGAAGACAUACCCAAUCGAUGAGGAUAGGAGGCAAGGCAACCGGAAACUACUACAGCAGAUGCUGGAUUCAGAAGCUGAUUCGGAGUCUGAGACUUCCGCCCUUGGGAGCAACGUUUAGCAGCGGGCACUAGCCAGCCGGCCCAGCUGUUUCACGUGUUUGCACAAACUGUUGAGGGACAAACCACUGAGUGUCUGGACAAACAGAGGAGGGACCACAGACCGGCACAGCUGCUCGGACACCAACAACAUUAACUGGCUCCUUUCCGUGGAUCACACAGGUUUACAUCGCCCUCUAGUGGCCUGCCAGUGUCAUGACGUGUGAUUUAGUAUUAUCUGUUGUCCUUUAUCUAUAGUUGUGUCCCAGUUAAAAUGCAUCUUCAACACUUUGAAAGCACACAACUGGUAUAUCUCCUCAGUGUGUCAUGCAGUCGAGCAUUUAGCGGCCUAAAUUAAAGGUCUGCAUCUGUUUCACUUCCUUUAAAAGUUUCCACACUGUGUUUAGUUGAAUCAUGUCACAUCUUAUUUCAACCUUAACAGGGACUAACACUAAAGUGAACAGUAAGUCUCCAUCAUUCAGAGUGAGAUAGCACAGGUUUUUGUGCAACACCUGCAGCUCCUGUAAGUGUGUCACUAAGACUCAUGGGAGCUGUAGUUAUUUUUAUCCUGAAGGAUUCCAAAGAUGUAUUGUUUACGGAGAUGUUCAUGUAGCUGUCUACAAUGCUGUUGACUUGACUGGUUGUUAGUGCCUCCUUCAUCAUUUUUGUGCAUUGAAUUAUGGGACACAAGUAUUUGCAUAAUACUAACGGUGUAAAUUGGGACACAGCUUGUGAUUACGGUGUGAAUUGGGACACAGCUUGUGAUUUGUGGUUUUAUUUAAGAAGUAUUCACAGGCCAGUUGACACGACCAGACCGUCACUUGUGCAGACUGGAGGUUGCUGUUACCUCUGAUGUUUACAUGCUGUAAAGUGUCAGCUCCUCUUUUUUAAGGCCAUACCAGCACUAUGAUUGAAGCUGCAGGGAGCCAUGCUAAAAUACUACUUUUAAGUUGAUGUUUCCUGAAAUCAUUUCUGAAUGGAAAUAACUUUAAGUGUACUUGAAUCUUUUGAAGGUGAUACUUUGUACUAUAUGUGGGCUGAAUCACUGCCUUAGACACAUAUCCUCUGUAAAUAGCUGCUUUGAGAUUUUCUGAAUAUUUUUCUUUCUUUUUGCCACAGAGAAGGGUUUCCCAUCACACCUUUGUGCUUUAACAUUUCAGUCUUUAUAAGAUAGCCUUUAUUGUCAUUGCCACACAGUACAGUACAAGUACAGUUUAUGAUGCUAAAAAGACAUUUUUGAAUGUGCUUUUAUAGUCAACUUCAGUAAGAAGUCUUUAUCAAGCACAUUCUCACUUCCCAAGGGAAGAAAAUGCUUUAUUUAACUAUUUAUUUAAACUCUCUAAGGGAUUAUAUUGCUUAUGAAAACACAUGUAAUAUAAUGUAUAAACAGUGGUUGGUUUAGCAUUCAAACAUCAACUGUUUCUUCUAAAAAAGAUUACUUGAUAAGCUGCUGAAACGUGAUUUACCAGCAGUCCAAACACAAGGCACACAGUAGGCACUAAUAUCAAGUAUGCUGCAUACAUUUGUCCUGACUUCAGAAGGUUUGUGCACAUUUACUUAUGGUUAAGUUAUUGAAAAACACGUAAUAUAUUGCUAGGGCUAUGAAGUUGCACUUACCGGUGGAAAUGAAGUACAUUACAUCUGUCCUUGGUUUUUUUAUGCAGCUGUGUGUACAACAUGUAAAUAUGUUUUUCUAAGAUGGACCUUGAUGAGCAGUUUACUGUAAAGAUCAAUGAAGAGAAAUGUGUUGUAAAUUUGUAAUUUUAAGUCUGUGAAUAAAGUUUGUAAAAUG